AUGCCCUUGUGGCACAGUGGUCUCCAGGAUCUGCAGCAUGCCACUUACCUUCAGGCAAUAUUCUUUUCCUGUUCAAAGGCUCAAGUAGCCUACUUUAGGCAACUCCAGGUCAUGCAAGUCUUUGUUCUUGAAGCUGUUUUGGAGAAUGUGGCUUUUGUAGCCUCUGGAAACUGCAUGAAAGCACAGCACAAUUUUGCACAAUUUUUGCAGGUUUUGGAAGCCAACUACUUUGGAGUCAUGGAAGGUGGCACUGCCUCUCAAAAGUCCGAGAACAGCAACGACACAUCCAGUUUGCCUUCUUCACAGUCUUCACAAUCGUCUUCCUACACACCCGUCAAACUCGAAGAAUAUGAAACAUCAGGCUUCAGCAUCAAGAAGCUUCUCACAAAAGCCAAAGAGAACUGCAAUUGCAACCAACAAAGUGUCCUCACCUUCUUCCAUCAGUUGUUCCCAGUAACCGAGUGGCUUCCUCGUUACAAUAUCAAGGAAGAUCUGCUGGGAGAUGUCAUCUCAGGCUUGUUGGUAGGAGUUGUGUCCAUCCCUCAGUCUAUCUCCUAUGCCAUCCUUGCAAGCCAGGAUCCCAUUUAUGGGCUCUAUACCAACUUCUUCUGUGCUAUUAUUUACUUUGCCAUGGCUACGUCACGCCAUAAUUGUGUCGGUUCUUUUGGGGUCCUUUGCUUGAUGAUUGGACAGUCAGUAAACCGGCAACUUACUCUAGCAGGAUAUGAUUUGGACAUGGAUACAGAUCUCAUAGCCAAUGCCACAAUGAAUGGCACGUUUAUCUGUAACAGAGGUUGUUAUGCAAUCACAGUGGCAACCACUCUAACUUUUUUGGUUGGGCUUUAUCAGAUUAUUCUAGGGGUCUUCCAGUUGGGCUUCAUAUCCGUUUAUCUCUCAGAACCUCUUCUGAGUGGGUUUGUGACAGGGUCCUCCCUUACCAUUCUCACUUCCCAAGUGAAUCUUCUGUUUGGACUGAAGAUCCCUCGGCAUGAUGGAAUUGGCUCCCUUGUUUUAACAUGGAUUGACAUCUUCAGAUAUAUUGGGAAGACCAACAUCUGUGAUUUGGUCACCAGCCUGGUGGCUUUAAUUCUAAUUGUGCCAGUAAAGGAAAUCAACAAUUUAUUUAAGGACAAAAUGAAGGCUCCAUUUCCUAUGGAACUCCUGGUGGUAAUUGGAGCCACACUCCUGUCACAUUUCCUUAACUUCAAUAGUAGAUACAAAUCUAAAAUUUGUGGUACAAUUCCCACCGGUUUCAAACCACCUGCUGUCCCAGAUCUGAGCCUUGUGCCAAAUCUGGCAGUUGAUGCUCUACCUAUUGCCAUCAUUGGUUUUGCUAUGACAGUCUCACUGUCAGAAAUAUUCGGCAAGAAGCAUGGUUAUCCUGUCCAAGCCAACCAAGAGAUGAUUGCCCUUGGGAUGGGAAAUCUGAUCCCAUCUUUCUUCUACUGCUUUGCUUCCUGUGCAGCCUUAUCAAAAACCUUGCUGAAAGAAUCAACAGGAUGCCAUACUCAAAUAUCAAGCUUGAUAUCUUCAGCUGCAUUGCUCCUGGUAUUAUUGUGGAUUGCACCUCUCUUCUAUUCACUGCAAACUUGCAUCUUGGGUGUGAUUACAAUUGUUAAUCUCAGGGGAGGAUUGCGGAAAUUUGCUGAUGUACCCAAGAUGUGGCGGAUCAGCAAAAUAGACACCAUAGUCUGGUGGGUAACCAUGCUGUCCUCAUCUCUGAUCUCCACAGAACUGGGCCUUCUGAUAGGAGUCUGCUUUGCUCUGCUGUGCAUCAUCUUCCGCACCCAACGGCCCCGAGCCACCCUUCUAGGUAAGGUGAAUGACUCUGAAAUCUAUGAGGAUCAGUUCAUUUACAAGAGGAUCAGUAGCAUUGCAAACAUCAAGAUCUUCCGCUUUGAUACUUCUCUUUACUACGCAAACAAAGACUACUUCAAAAGUUCACUUUUCAAGAAAACGGGGGUGAAUCCCGGCCUAGUUGCUGCUCUACAACAAAAAGCUGAAGCUAAAGCAAACCUAACCAAAAAUCAAAGUUGUUUUUCUUCCAAGUUGAAUUGCCUAAGGGGAACCAAGACCUCAAAGGCUUCAGCAGAUGCUCCCGAUACCUCGUUAGAUAUGCAUACCUUGAUCAUUGAUUGUGGAGCCAUGCAAUUUAUAGACAGUGUAGGCCUUAGUGUGCUGAAGGAGAUGCGUCAAGAUUACAAGAAGAUCGGUAUACAGGUCCUGCUGGCCAAUUGUAACCCAUCCAUACGGCGUUUGCUCCAGGCAGGAGGAUGGCUUACUGGGAUGCAGGAUCCAGAGUUGCUCUCAUUCCAUGGCAUACAUGCUGCUGUGCAGUUUGCAGAGAAACAGGAUCAAACUCAACAGACAGACAGUGUGCCAGUAACAAAUGUUUUCGGGCCAGAAACUGAGGAUGUUUCAAUAGCCUUGAGUCUGGAGGAACCCCUCUAGGCCUGCAUGAAGCAGGAUGUGAACUUUUGAGGAACUAGUUCAAUAGUUAUUUUAUCAAGAAGAAAAAGGCCUGGCUGCCAAUAACCUUAGAUAACAUGUGUUUCAGUUGUGACAAGCUAAGAUGGUGGCCUUUUCAUUUCAGAGAAUAAUUAUACUCUGUUGUUACAUUGCCACAUAAUCUUUGUCCCUGCUAUGGAGAUAAAAAUGAUGUGGGAAAAGCUGCUUAAUUUCUUUACUUAAGCAACUAUUAAAGGGGAAGAAAGGAAGACCUUCAAAGUAGGAACUUAAUUAUAUUUUAAUCCUGCAUGAAGCUGGGCCAGUAUUUAAUCAACGAAACAAUAAUGAAUAUAUAGAUAGGUUGGGAAUCAUGAAGUAGUGAGUCUGACCUACAUAUGCAACUCGAGAAAGUCAGGGUCUGAAACUGAUAGUCUUUCAAUGGCUGUGUCAAUUUAAGAAGACACUCCCUAAAAAUAAAAAUGUAUAUCACCACGAAUGUUUCCAGCCUUGCUUUGCUACAUUAUAGAUUAUCUACAAGAAAAACAAAUGGUAGGAGAUAAAGAACAUAAGCCUGAUAGAGAAUAGACAACUGGCACCUACAAGAAUUAAGGACUACAAGUCCCAUCAAUCUUAGCUAUUAAGAUUGGUCAGGGAUGAUAGAUCUCUGAUCCAAUGCAUCUGGAGAAUGACAAGUUGCCUACCCAUGCUUUAAAAAUGGCUGAUCCUAGUGAAAGAAAGCAAUUGUCCAUGAGUAGCCUCAUUCAUUUUAUAAGCUUAAACAUUGUUAGCACUAUACCUGUGCUCAGGAAGGGAAGAUGUCUUUAGUUGUUAUAUUUUAUAUCAUAACAAUUCAGCCCACUGGUUUCCCUAGAGAGGCAUUUUCUUAUCUGACCAAUCUGGCUUUGCUAAACUAUCAAGCAAAGAGGAAACUCUACCAGAAAUCCUUUUAGCUGGCACCAACAGGCUGAACCUGUUCUUGAACAGAGAGCAGAAGAGAGUCAGAAGAGAAGGGGAAAAUUGGUAUUUGUUCAGAAAGGAAAUGUAAAGUAACAUAGCUUUUACCCAAGGAAAAGGAUAUUCUACUGGACAGUAGAGAACAUUAUAUAAUCUUACAGAUAAAUUAAGGUCUUAAGGUGAUCCUAAGAAUGCAGCAGGCUUUAAAUGGCUUUUGAAACUGACUUGCUGCUUGUUAUCCUUAAAAUUACUUUCCCUUUUUCUGUCACUUCUUUAAAAAAAAGUUAAAUGUGGCCAUUUCUUCUGAAAGGAAAAAGGGGCUGCAUAGAGGUGGUGGGAGUGAUGUCACUGUCCCUCCUUGCUGCCCUCUGCAGAUUCUCCGACCUCUUUGCUAGCCUGCAAGUCAUGCAGAC